GAAAUCGAGCAAACAGCUAAAUCUUGCACAGAAUGUGCACGACAAGCCACAAGUCCACCAAAAUUCAACAAACACCAUUGGGAAUACCCUAACGCACCUUGGGAACGCAUACAUAUCGACUAUGCAGGUCCCGUGGCAGGCGCUAUGCUAUUAGUAGUUGUGGAUGCAUACAGCAAAUGGUUCGAGGUAAAGGUAACCACAUCAACUACAACAAACGCAACGAUCAGUUUACUGGAUGAACUAUUCGCAGCUUAUGGAGCACCAGUAACGGUAGUCUCCGACAACGGUCCACAAUUUGCAUCAGCCGAUUUCACGUCUUACCUCAAAAACACAGGCGUUAAGUACCAUAAGCUGACAGCCCCCUACCAUCCGGCUACAAACGGCCAAGCAGAACGGUAUGUUCAAACCGUAAAAAAGGCGUUGACAGCUAUGGGUACAACAAAAGACACUUUGCAAAAGAAUCUUAACACGUUUCUGCUACAAUACCGAAAGGCUCCUCACAUCGAAACAGGAAGUCCGCCAGCAAAGUUGUUCUUAGGUCGAAACAUUCGCACGCGCAUUGAUCUUGUGCGACCACAAGAUAUCAACACACGGAUGCAUCAGAAGCAACAAUCCACAUUCGAACCGUCUUUCCGUACAUUCUCAGUUGGACAGAAAGUGUACUGUCUUUCUGGAAACCCACGAACGGACAAAUGGAUUGUAGGAGUCAUCGAAGGCUGCUUGGGUGAUCUUCAUUAUCAAAUCAGAUCUAACGGAAAGAUGCUUAAGCGACAUGUCGACCAGAUUCGAAGCUUCCAAGGCAACGUCAACUUCGAAGAGACCGAUGAAGACGUACCUCGUCGACUGGAUUUCUAUGCGAACACUGAGACGCAGCAACCACCAAUCAAUAAUGAAGCCAACGAAACAGCAACGUCUUCAGAUGAGUCCAUUUCAUCAGAUAUUGUGUUUGGAACACCUAUGAGCAGCCCGCAACAAUUAACCUCAUCGUCAAGCGAAGACUCACCACCAGUAGCCCGCAGGUCCCAAAGACAACGUCGCCCUCCUCUACGCUACUCGCCAUCCUAGAGUGAACCAGGAUCUUCAUAUAAGAGGGAGGAAAUGUUGUAUAUGGAACACCCUAUGUAUGAGCGGUGAUGAUUGUCAUCGCUCCUGACGUGACACAACCUGGAUGCCGUCCGGAUGCACCCCGACCUGGCAUCAACUAAAAGAGAUCUAGAUGAAUCAGUAUCGUUGGCUCGUGAACUUCCACUCUUUUAUUCUCCUCAUUAUUACAUUCUUUUUUCAAUAAAGUGAAUUCAAUACGCAACACCACUGUAAAGCCACUUCAAACCCACGUGGAUUAGUGGUGGUCGAU